ACAGAAGGUUUCACACUUUUUUAUCGCACUUUUACUUUCCGGGGAGGGGAAUUUUUCAUAUUUUGCGUGACCUAUUUUUGCACAAGUGUAACCUAUUUUUGCACAAGUGUGACCUAUUUUUGCUAUAUUUCUCGGAUAUUUUUAGCAGGUGAAAGGUCUGCCGAAUUAGGGUCAAAAAUAUUGGGGCAGCUAAAAAUAAAAUUAGAUAAGUGUUUAAUUCAACAAAUAUUUCUUCAGAAACAUGAAAAAAAUUACCCUGUACAUACUAUGGACGGCAAAACGGGAAAGUACACCAGAUGACCAAAAUAAUUUAAUCAUCCCUGGACCGGAUGCUAUAAAAAGGUCUGUCCAGGCCUAUCCUGAUAUUUCUGCUGAGUUCUCGAAGCCAGAAAAUCAUCAAACCCCGUACAACGCUUUGGAGUCUCUCUUUCUUCCUUCUUUAUCAGAAUCUUUCCCUGCUGAGGGUUCAACGGAAUCUUUCCCUUCUGAGGGUUCCUCAAAAUCACUCUUUCUUUCUCCAUCAUCAGAAUCUUUCCUGCCAAAGACAUUUUCGAAUUCUCCAACUGGUGUAGAAUCAACUCCCACCAAAGAAGAUAAAACUACUAAAUUUUACCUACGAGACGGCAGGCUUGUAACCCAGGAGUUGCUGGAUACACUGUACGAAGCAAUUUCAAGAAUUCAUUUGAACCAGACAGAGGCAGAAAAUCGUCAGUUAGAUUUGACUGGAUUAACAAAUCUUGUUUCCAGCAUAGAUCUAACCUCGCUAACUAAUAUUUUCAAUUUUAUCACUCGAAACCUAGAUUGGGUUGCGGCUGUAGGAGUGAUAAAACAUUUAGAAAAUAGAGCUGCUUAUGAUCCGAGAUUUCGUGAGAGUUUUCCGGAUUUCUUACAGGACAGUGACUGGUUUUUGCCUCCUAAGAAGUAUAAGCUGGUACCAAGGAAGCCUGGCACCGGAAACCAGGUUCUGCUGAGUAAUAAGUUGGUUAAGAGCCUCUACUCUGAUAAAGGGACUAAUAGACGAAUGGCUGAUAGGAUUCUAGUACGAAGGCGGCAAGAAGCACAUGCAUCUAAUCUUUAUUCUUCAUGGAAAAAUACCAGCCCUUCAAGAUUUACAAGUUUCAGCAAUUCAUUUCCUGGAGAUUUUGUGUCGAACUUUGGCUCAGAACCUGGAAUCCAAAGUCUUGGAAUCUCUCAAGAUCAAGUGUUUGAUCAAGAACGAGAUCAAGAACAGAAGCAAGGGUUUAAACAAGAUGUAGGAAAUAGGAUUAUAUACGGAGCUCAAGGUCCCUCAAACUACAGGGGUCGUCCUGCUUUCCUCCAGGACGGAAUAAAUGGACCAAAUUUUCCACCAGGACCAGGACCAAACAAAUUCCAGAAGCCAGGUUCUUUGUCAAGUAAUCUGAGUAAACUGAACCGGGGUCCAUUGGUCCAGGAUCUUGGGCACCAGAUGGAGGUUGGUAACAGAGGUGUAAUAACCCAACAAGGGUUUUCUCCUCAUUCGUCACCACAUCUUCGGAAUCUACGUUUACAACAACUUCGUAGACUUCAAAGACUUCGGGUGAUAGGUGAACAAAGAGAUGCAAACAAAAAACGGGGAAAGUUUAAGCUGCGAAUAAAUGAUUUAAUUGAUUUAAUAGUUUAAUGUUUAUAAAAAUUACUUUAUAAAUCGUACU